AUGUCUGAAAAAAUACAUAAUCCUGUUCUUGAUUCAGUUCCUGGCCAAAAAUCAAAGGCACAUGACAUUGACGCUGAAAUCAAUGACUUGAACCACAGUAUUGCCACAGCAAUCAUGCUCCUUAAAACAACUCUACCGGACCGUCUUCGCUCGCUUAGUGCUCCCGACGCUCUCCAUGAUGCAACCUCCAAUAAGGAAACACACGUCGCAAAAUACCAGCGUCAUUUGAAGGAUGCCCGCAACUCAAUUGACCCUAAGGACCUUGUUUUAAGCUACGUCGAUACUACCAUUGGCUACCUUGACCAAAAACUUGAUCUUUUUAAACGCCGCCAUCAAUUAUUUGCAAACCACAAUUCCUACGUCCAUGAAUCCCCAGAGUUUACUCAUAACCCUGCCUCCCACUUUAUAGAUAGCGUUUCUUCUCUCCCUGAAAAGGACUUUUUCCGUCUUUUCCGCGUCAAGCCUUCCACCUUUAAGGUCCUGGUUGCUUGGCUCCAAAGCAAUACUUCCAUCCAAUCUGGUAAGGAGCACAUCCUCACUCCUGAGCUCAAGGUCGCCCUCUUCCUCUACAUUGUCGGCCAUAAUGCUACUUAUCACCAAGUCCAUGAACUCUUCCCUUUGGCUCUGUCCACAAUUGAGACAGCCUACCAUCAUGUUACUGAAUGCCUCCUAGAAGUUGCCCCAUCUCUUAUCACACCAGAAGACUACUCUCCCGGUAACAUGUUUGACUCUUACCGCAGCGACCCUAAUUUUUACCCAUAUUUUCAAAACUGUGUGGGUACAAUAAUUACUCGCUACAUUAAAAGUCCCCUAAAGGCUACCAAGGCCCUCUACGUCCUUGAUCUCGAAAACCGUGUUGUCUUUUUGCACCUUGACGCAGACUUGGAUAAGCCUUCUCUUACCAUUUAUCAAGAAGCAAUCAACUCUGGCAAGCUUGUCAUUCCUCCUGGGAAGUAUCUUCUUGGCCCCCACAAUUUCCGUUGCACAAACGGCGUUUUGUCCCCAUACCUUAGUGUAACUCCUUCUCGAGAAAGUCAUAUUGAGCAAGAAAGUAGCCCUGCUUUUGAGACUGAAAGAGAGCUCUUUAAUCACAUUUCUGAAAAGUUUUUGGAAAAGCGUGCCUUAUUUGACACUCUGCUCAUCCACCGCUUCCACAUUUUGCGCGCAGGUGCCUUGCGUCAAACCACUCUUGACGAGGAUUCCCUUUUCACUGUCAUCUUGGCUCUCAAUAAUAUUAUCCACCACUACGAUUUGCCUCUGCUACAACUUGGCCAGUGGAUCUCUGAGGAAGAGGGUAUCCGCACUGUUGAGGCUGCUCCUGUUGAAAAAGAUACUGAUGGGGACGCUGAGAUGGAAGAUGACGAAUCCUCUAUCCCCGUUUAUGAAAUCACUGAAUUUGCUGCUCCUGAUGCUGAAUAUAGUCUUUGGGCAUUGAGAAAGCACAUUGCUGAUACUAUGUGGCGCGAAUAUCUUGCCGAGACUGCGUAA